AUGUUUGCUGAGGUUGAGUUUGAGAACGAGGGCGGUGUCCUUUGUUCAGCUGAGAGGAACGGCCCCCAUGAUAGUUCCGACGAGUCAAGGGACAACAUGACGGCUGGGGUUGUCCGCAUGCAUCGGCCAGGCGAGGUGGGGUUUUCGUGUGUGGCAGGCACGGCCGAUGACGUAGAGUCAAUUCACGAUGCCCGGCUUAUGAAUGGCGAUUCGUGGUUGGGCAACGAAUGUCACUGUGUGCGUUGCGAAACCGUACGUGUCUCCACGCAGUUGGCUAAAUUGCGCCGGAGGAGCAGUAAGAAGGCGAUGGUUGUAGUGCUGCUUGAUCUGGACAACUACGGCUUUAAUCAGUUCAGGUCGGUCCCCACGAAUGUGCCGGCGAAUGGGGGGUUUGAUUUAAUUGAGCACAUGUAUGUAUGGUGUUUCUUUGGUUCCUGCUUUUCUCGCUACCACGGUGAAUUCCCAAGUGCAGAGAGUGUUUGCCGGAGCAUACCUCGAGAAGGGACGGAUACAAAAUUCAAGCAGUCGGUUGGCAGAAGACCAAGUGUCUGGCAGCGGCUUGUUUCGGAGGGCCGAUGUCACUUUACUCCAUGCGGGGGCCAACGACAGGGGGCAGAUGGCGUGAUUCUGCAAAUUGCGCGGGCGAUGACGCACAUGCCGGUGAUUGUGCUGAGCGGGGACCGUGAAAUGCUGCAAAAGGUUUGCGUCAAACGUCGUCUUGUCGGAAAAAAGGCAAAACGUGAGGUUGUCGAGCGCGAUUCCCCUGGUAAUGUGGAUAUUAUCAAUGUUUUGGAGCAUGGGAAGCGAUUUCUGCCUGUGUGGAGGGAACUGGAAUCUAAGAUCCGUUGUGUGGCAUGUCAGUGA